AUGAAGACGAACCCCGACGCCGUCAGAGACAAAUUCUACAAGUGCCUGCACGCCCUCUUGGCGACUGUGUCGAAGGCGGACAAGUUGAUUGCCCUUGGUGACUUCAACACCCACGUCGGCACAGACCAUACUGCCUGGAGAGGCGUGCUGGGUCCCCACGCUCUUCCCGGCACAAACGACAAUGGUCUGCUGCUCCUACGCACCUGCGCAGAACACCGCCUCAUCCUGACGAACACGUUCUUCUGUCUGCCGGAGCGAGAGAAGGCCACCUGGAGGCAUCCUCGGUCGCGUCAGUGGCAUCUGCUGGACCAUGUCCUCAUCCGGAGGCGAGACCAGCGGGACGUGCUGUUGACAAAGGCAAUCACGGGCGCUGACGGGUGGACCGACCAUCGCCUCGUCAUCUCGAAGAUGCGUAUUCGCCUACAGCCUCGUAGGAGACCACAAGAUAAGCGACCCCCAGGUAAGCUGAAUGUUGCCUUGUUGUCUUUGCCCGCUCACCAUCUUCAUUUCAGCAAUGAGCUAGCUCAAAGUCUAGACAACCUUCAUAUCGCUGCCGACGCCGCCGCUGCCGAGAACGCCUCCGUGGAGAACCGCUGGUGUUAACUGCGAGACACGGUCCAGUCGACAGCGCUUGCCAUCCUCGGUCGCGCUCCCCGCCAACCCCAGGACUGGUUCGACGACAACGAAGCCGCCAUCAGAAAUCUGCUUGCUGAGAAGAACCGCCUACACAAAGCCUACGUAGAUCACCCCACUGAUGCCACCAAAGCUGCCUUCUACCGCAGUCGCCACCACCUUCAGCAACGACUGCGCGAGAUGCAGGACGCCUGGACUGCUCGCAAAGCUAAGGAGAUCCAAGGGUACGCAGACCGCAACGAAUGAAAAAACUUCUUCUCUGCGAUCAAAGCUGUCUACGGUCCGCCGACGAAGGGCACUGAUCCUCUCCUCAGCGCCGACGAUAGCACUCUCCUGACUGAGAAGACGCAAAUCCUACAGCGAUGGGCCGAGCAUUUCCGAGGCGUCCUCAACCGCCCCUCCGUCAUCUCCGACGCCAGCAUCGAGCUUUUGCCGCAAGUGGAGACCAACGUGGACCUCUACCUCCCGCCAUCUCUCCAGGAGACCAUCACGGCCGUGCAGCAGCUCUCCAGCGGGAAAGCACCCGGAUCGGACGCAAUCCCUGCUGAGGUCUACAAGCACGGAGGUCCCCAACUGAUGGAUCACCUGAAUGCGCUCUUCCAAGAGAUGUGGCGUCAAGGUAAAGCCCCGCAAGAUUUCAAAGACGCAACAAUCGUGCAUCUCUACAAGCGCAAAGGGAAUCGCCAAGUCUGCGACAAUCACCGCGGCAUCUCCCUGCUAAACAUCGCCGGGAAAAUCUUCGCCCGCAUUCUUCUCAACCGCCUCAAUAACCAUCUGGAACAGGGUCUUCUGCCAGAAAGCCAAUGCGGCUUCCGUCGUCAUCGUAAGACCACGGAUAUGAUCUUCGCCGCCCGUCAACUUCAGGAGAAGUGUCAGGAGAUGCGGACCCACCUGUACUCUACAUUCGUGGACCUGAUGAAAGCCUUCGACACGGUGAAUCGUGAAGAACUGUGGAAGAAAUUCGGCUGUCCGGAGCGAUUCACUCAGAUGGUGCGUCAGCUGCACGACGGUAUGAUGGCGCGAGUCACGGACAACGGAGCUGUCUCAGAGGCAUUCGCAGUGACCAACGGAGUGAAGCAGGGAUGCGUGCUGGCGCCUACCCUCUUCAGUCUUAUGUUCUCUGCCAUGCUGAUGGACGCCUACUGCGACGAACGCCCCGGGAUCCGCAUCGCCUACAGGACGGACGGACAGCCUCUGAAUCAACGGCGGAUGCACUUCCAAUCGCGCGUAUCCACAACCACCGUUCACGAACUCCUCUUCGCCGACGACUGCGCCCUGAACACCACCUCGGAGGAGGAGAUGCAACAGAUCAUGCAUCUGUUCUCCGCCGCAUGCGAGAACUUCGGUCUGGUCAUUAACACGCAGAAGACGGUGGUGAUGCACCAACUGCCACCCAACUCAGCCGCAGCCCCCAACGCGCCGCCGCAAAUCAGCGUGAACGGAACCCAACUGCAAGUGGUGGAGAACUUCCCGUACCUGGGCAGUACUCUCUCCCGCAACACCAAGAUCGACGGCGAAGUCGCCAACAGGAUCUCGAAAGCCAGUCAAGCCUUCGGUCGCCUCCAAAACACAGUCUGGAAUCGCCACGGUCUUCAGCUGAGCACAAGCUGA